AUGCUGCGGUGCCUCAGCCUCCUGCUCACCAAGCGACAGGCAACACCGCGCCGGUCAACGGUACACGCCACGAGUAGCUACAAGAAAGGCAAAGACCGCUUUGACCUGUUCCACGCGUUGCAGAAGGACCGCCAGCGCAUCCAGCACAACCGCACCCUGCCCUGGCGUCAGAGGCUCGACCAGCUCCGUGUGUACCCAUGGAAGCUCUUCCUUGCCUUUAUGAUGUUCUGGUCCUGGCUGGGGACGUACGCGGUGCCGUACCUGAAAGACAUGAGCGCCGGCGAGCUCCCCUCCAUUGGCCAGGGAAGGUUGAUUCCGGCAGAGGUGCGGGCCAAGGCCACACCCACGCCGCAGUUUGCGCACUUGAAGGAGCGAGAGUUGUAG